AUGCCUGAGGGGCCCCUGGGGGCCGAGGCAUCCGCCAGUUUUGACCUGCGAGGUUCUCACGGCCUGUCUCAUGAUGCCAUGCCUCUGAGGGACGAGGAGAAUGGCCAUGGCACGCGGUGUGCGGGGGAGAUCGCCAUGGAAGCCAACAACUCCUACUGUGGUGUGGGCAUCGCCUUCAACGCCAGGGUUGGAGGUAUCCGUCUCCUGGACGGUUCUGUGACGGAUUCCAUGGAGGCCACGUCCCUGACCUUCAGCAGCCAGGUGGUGGACAUGUACGUGUGCAGCUGGGGCCCGCGGGACGACGGCAGGGAGAUGGCAGGGCCUGGCAGGCUGACGCAGCGGGCACUGAGGCUGGGAACCCUGAAGGGUCGUGGAGGGCGGGGCAGCAUCUUCGUGUGGGCGUCGGGUAACGGGGGCACGGCCAGUGACCACUGUGGCGCAGACGGCUACGUCAACAACAUCCACACCCUGGCCAUCGGAGCUGUCACUCAAAGCGGGAGUCCCGCCUUCUUUGGCGAGGCUUGUCCAGCCGUCAUGGCGGUCACUCUGACUGGAGGCAGUCUGGUGACUGUGUCUAACCUGGGAGAUGGCUGUGUCACACAAUUCUCUGGUACCUCCAGUGCUGCUCCCAUUGCUGCCGGAAUCCUGGCUCUGGUCCUGGAGGCUAAUCCUGAGCUGAGUUGGAGGGAUGUGCAGCUGGUUGCCAUGACAGCUAAGGUCCCCGACCCUAAGGAGCGCUGGACCAUCAAUGGAGCUGGGCACCAUGUCCACCACAGGUAUGGGUUUGGGCUGCUGGACGCUGCUCUCAUGGUACAACAGGCUAUACUCUUCAAACCCCGCCCUCCACACAGGAAAUGCUCACAGGAAAUCAACUUUGACCCCGCCAGGAUCCUCCCCUCUGGAGGACAGGUCAGUAUCAUCAUCCAAUCAGAUGGAUGCCUGGGGAAGGACACUGAGGUCAACACUCUGGAGCAUGUGCAGGUGUGUGUGAGCCUCAGCAGUGUGUGUCGCGGGGACUUGUCCGUGCAGCUGGAGUCUCCAGCGGGCACGGUGUCGGUCCUGCUGGCACCGCGGACGAACGACGACUGGACCGGCGGCCUGAGGAACUGGACCCUGAUGACGGUCCACAGCUGGGGGGAGACACCCUACGGGCCCUGGGCCCUCAAGGUGACAGACCAUCUUGGUACGGUGGAGGCGUGUGUGAGGGAGGGGGGGGCAGAAGUGGCUGCCGGGGCCUUGCUCAGUCUCACACUCACCCUGUACGGCACCUCCCACAGACCCCCCCGGGCAUACCAUCCGGUUUCCCAAAGGGGGGUGUUGGUCCAGAACAGAGCAAAUCCUCAAGACCUGGUCCAGUGGGCAUAUGCGCAUGAGAGACGCAGGAAGGUGGGCACAGCCGAUAUUCCUGCCCUUCGCCAUCGAAAGGGCCACGGGCUGGCAUCAGGGCCGCUGGUGUCCUUCAGGAACGAGGAGAUGGAUGACACAGACGGGGCCGAGCUGGGGGACCAGCUGAGGCAGCUGUGGAACACUCUGAGAGACCGGCUGGAGAAACACUGGAGACUGUACCCGGCUGCUUCUCCCAACUACUCCACCAAGGAAGGUGUUGCUCUGAGGAACUUCCGGUGGGCGGGGCUACCUGAAGGGGAGGAUGACGUACACAACAUGCAAGAUGGAGUGGGAGGAGCCUUUGGGUCGGCACCACCGCCGGACAGGAAGCUGAACCUCGAUGACAGGAAUCAUCUUCCUUGAUGGCGUCGCCUGGGAGAUGGCUGAGGACACUCCU